CUCCCGUCUGCGUGAAUACUUAAAUCAUCCUCACAAGAAGUCACAACUCGCAAGUGAUAGCUAGCCAUGGAGGUAGAGCAAUGGCGACGGAGAGAACAGCUACGCCACCAACUCCAGACUCCAAGAGAAGGCCAUGCUUGAGACCAGGCCGGUGCUCCAGGGCGCCGUGGUGGAGCUGUACAGGUCACUGCCGGACAAGAGCACCAUGGUCGUCGCCGACCUAGGCUGCUCGUCAGGGCCGAACACGCUGCUGCUUGUGUCGGAGGUCAUCGGUACAAUCUCCGACCACAACCGGUAAGAAGAGCAGGAGCAGCGCCCUCCUGCCGCAGCCAUGGAGUUGCAGUUCUUCCUCAACGACCUGCCGGGGAACGACUUCAACCUCGUCUUCAGGUCGCUGGAUCGGCUGCAGGAGCUCACCGCCGAUAGGAGGCUGCAAUACUACGUGGCCGGGAUGCCGGGUUCUUUCUACACCAGGCUGUUCCCAUGCCGGAGUGUCCACCUCUUCCAUUCCUCCUACUCCCUCAUGUGGAGGUCCAAGAAGUUGUCACUGGUCGCUACCAUUCAUUACGGUUCAUAUCAGUUCAGUUACCGUGGUUUUGUUACAUCGGGGGAGAAAAAGGUACCGGAUGAGCUUUCAAGAGGUGCUUACCUGAAUGAAGAGAGCAUCUACAUUGGCAAGAGUACUCCUCCAGCUGUGAUAAAACUAUACCAAGAAGAGUACCAUAAGGACCUGUCUUUGUUCCUGACGCUGCGAUUCAAUGAACUUGUACGUGGUGGGCAUAUGGUUCUAACAUUUCUAGGCAGAAAGAGCAAAGACAUGUUGUUACAUGGUGAAGCAAGCAGCAUGUGGGACUUGCUCGCCCAAGCACUUCUCUCUCUUGUGCUGAAGGGCCUUGUGGAGAAGGAGAAGCUGGUCUCUUUCAACCUUCCAUUUUAUGCGCCAUCUAUGGACGAAGUGAAGGCUGUGGUUGAGGAGAACAAUCUCUUCAAUGUGGAACACAUGAGUGUGUUUGAAUCAAGCUGGGAUCCACAAGACGACGACACAAACGAUGAUGUCGUGUUGGGCUGCAGCAGUAGUGGGUUGAAUGUUGCCAGGUGCAUAAGGGCGGUGGCGGAACCGCUGAUUAAGAAACACUUCGGAGAGGCCAUUCUUGAUGAUCUGUUUAUGGUUUAUGCCAGCAUGAUUUCAAAGCACCUCAAGAAAGCGAAGGCCAAGUAUCCUAUAAUUAUCAUCUAUUUGAAGGCCAAGCACUAAGAAAUACUUCUCAAGUGUCAAUUUGAAUAAAUGCGGGGAGUUCAGUAUUUCCGGUCCAUCACAUAUUAUAUGUAAAAUAUGUUUUGUUAAUAUUUUGUGCGUAUGGAAAAGGAUGUUUCCUUGUCAAUUCCAUGAAUUUUAUGGCAAGCAAGUACGCUAGAAACCCUGCCAUUUAAUAUGUAAAAAAAAUGUUUAGAUGAUAUUGUAUAAGAAUAAGAAUGUAUGGCUUAGUUGGCUACAUGGAAAA